GCUUUUGCAGAUACUCUAAAAGUAAACAAGACACUGAAAAGUCUAAAUAUAGAAUCCAAUUUUGUCACUGGGACAGGCAUCCUCGCUUUGGUUGAUGCUCUGAAAGGAAAUGAAGUACUGACAGAAAUCAAAAUUGACAAUCAGAGGCAACAGCUUGGUACUGCAGUGGAGAUGGAGAUUGCUCAGAUGUUGGAGGAGAAUGCUCACAUUCUCAAAUUUGGGUACCAGUUUACAAAGCAAGGCCCAAGAACCAGGGUAGCAGCUGCCAUCACUAAAAAUAAUGAUCUAGUUCGCAAGAAACGAGUGGAAGAACGCCAUUAGCCUUGUCUCUGAAGAUGCGAAGGAAGAGAAGGAUUUCUCAUAAAUCUCAUAAAAUUUAGUGAUUUAAAGGGAAGAUACUGGAAAGGCUUUCGAAUGAGACUGCUCAUGUUCCAUUACCUCAAUUCAUCCCUUCCUGUUAUUUGAACACCAUAAUCCAGCCUAAUUUUCUUUUUCCAAGCAAUCAACAAUCAUGCUCUGAAUUCAAGAUGCUCUGAAUGGAAGACCAAACGAAACUUGGUGUCAAAACGGGAAGAGCUGCAAGUUAAUCUUUUCUCCCCCUUCCAUUUAAUGUUAAUCUAUGAGUGAUUAGGAAAUUUUCCUGCACAUCCACUGAAACAAGUGGGAAUUGUUUAGUGGAUUGUGCUUUCUAUGUUGUACAAAUCACCACCUCCUCUUGACUCAUAGUAAGCCCAGGUCUGCUCUUUGUUUCCUGUUAUCUUUCUAGUGCUAUGUGCAAAUUGUAAAGAAAAGGGACCAAGGUCAUUUUAAAACAACUUGUCAUGCCAAGGUGGAACUCUUCUCAUACCAGCACACUCUGCCAAACAAAUCAAUCUUCAAAUUCCACAGACUACAAUGUGCCAUAAACUAGACAGUCAAUAUAUUGUGAAAUAUUACUUCUGGAGCAGAUAACUGGAGACAAAUCUCACAAUAGGCUUUGUUCAUACCAAAUUAUAAUUUCCAAUAACCUUAUUUUAGAACACACUGUAGAAUCAAACGGUCAGGAUGGAUUCAUGUGUAAACAUGCCCACUAUGGCACUGUGUUUUGUGUGAACAAAGCCACUAUGGGCUCAUCCGACUAACCACGGAUUAAAAAUUCUGAAUUAACACUAUGCAUGAAUGCAAUGCCAGACAAAAUUGGAAUUGCAAUAGAUGUUAGCAUUCUUUUUUCUUUAUAUUUAGCAACCCAUGCUUUAGCUGUACUUCUUAUCUUUCACAUUGACUGGACCUUUCUAAAGGUAGAACAAAUCCUCUAAGGAAAAUAUGUUAAUUUAUCCAUGGCACAGAAUCAUAAUUAGCACAACUCAUGGCUUGAGAAUUUUUCUCAGUCAUGGUUUCUGAUUCUAGUUUUCUGGCUGACUGUAAAUCAUUACUUGAUUAAAUCAGUCCUAGCCAUGCUUUGCCUUGAUAUGAACUGAGAUAAUAAGCUAAAUACUAGUGUGAACAAACUAUUCUCCAAAAUAAGGAGUCACCAAAGGAAUCAUUAUAUUUCCUGUACAUAAAUAUGAAGAGUCAUUCAGACACUAGCUACAAGUUAAAUCCCUUCUUCACAUCACAGUGGAGGGAUAUUAAACUGAAAACAAUGCCAUGUCACCAUUCCAUUCAUGAGAAAGCUUCAUGAAUCCACCUUCCACGAUUACAAGGACUGUUGAUUAUGUGCUCACAUAUGUUACUAUUAGGUGAGCUAGUUUCCUAAUCUAAUUUGCCAACUUAAAAUAGCUUCAGCUGACCUUUUAAGUUAUUUGUUGAUCUGUGUAUAUGUAUUAAUAGGAGGCCAAAAUAAUUACCGUCAACCCAUUUGAUGUAUAUAAGUGUUCUAAUAAUAAUGUUGUGUUUGUCAGAUUGCUUUUAAGGUUGUUUUAAUUUCUGAAACUAGACAUUUAUUACUGUUGGUCACUGGAUUCUUAGAUAGUGAAGAUUAAACUGAUCAGUCACUACAGGAGAUUGGUGAGAGACAUUUCAUACCCAUGUCUUGCCUAGGAAACGAAGUCCUUCAAAUUAUUCUCAAGUCAGAAAACCCCACAUUCCAACUUCAGUUAUCAGGUUACAAAAGAAAAACAUUAGUGAAUAAUGGAUAGCACAAAAGACAAAGGGAAUUCCUCACUAUGAUUGGGACUCCCUUUUUUGAAUUUUGAGAUCUUACUGCUUCAGUUAAAAAUUGUGAAAAAUAUUUAAUGCCAAACAUGUAUUAU